AAUUGCGGCGGUACAAGGGUUUUGGGGCACACGUAAAUCCGAGAGCGGUAGUAUUGGUAUGUUGCCCGUCACGCCGGAAUCUUCAAAACCGCGCCGGAGAAUUCGCUUUCCCCACCUUUAUUCGAUUCCUUCCAAUCACACCGUACAAUCAUAAUAAAUGUGGUAUAGAUCAGCUUCUUUCAUUCUCGACAAGCAGCAAAACGACGACGUUGCGAAGGCCGAGAGCCGCCAAAUUUCACCUCCCACUCCCACACCCGCCGAGGCUUCCUCCAUGGCCGGAACCCUACAAAACUCUAAUUCUAAUAACAACAUCUCGGCUUAUUAUCAGACUAGAGCGGCACACCAUGGUGUCGUCACCAGUGAUUGGCUUGCUCAGGCUCAAGCCGCCAUAGGCAGCGGCGACCCGGAGGAUGUCAUCUCAGAGAACUCGUCGGCCAGGACCGACGAUUCGGGGAAGACGUUCAGUGUGAUUGAUGAGUUCAAUAAUUGGCGUAAACAGCCUAACUUGGCAGAGGCUGUGGCGGCGAUUAGGGCUUUGGCCUCGGUUAUUCGUUCUAGUGAAGCUACUACGAUGAUGGAGCUUGAAAUUGAGCUGAAGAAGGCAUCUGAUUCUUUGAAAUCAUGGGACACAACAUCCAUCUCUUUGACGGCUGGUUGUGAUCUGUUUAUGCGCUAUGUUACAAGGACUUCAGCUUUGGAAUAUGAAGAUUUCAAUUCAGCAAAAUCUCGCCUUCUUGAGCGUGCAGAGAAAUUUGGAGAGAUAUCUUAUAAGGCUCGAAAAAUAAUCGCUAUGCUUAGUCAAGAUUUUAUUUUUGAUGGCUGUACCAUUUUGGUGCACGGCUUUUCUCGAGUUGUGUUGGAGAUAUUGAAAACAGCAGCGCAAAACAGGAAACAUUUCCGAGUUCUUUGCACUGAGGGGAGGCCAGACAGGACUGGGCUAAGAUUAUCAAAUGAGCUAGCCAAGCUAGAUGUUCCUGUAAAGCUCUUAAUAGACUCUGCGGUGGCAUAUAGCAUGGAUGAGGUUGAUAUGGUGUUUGUAGGAGCAGAUGGCGUGGUUGAAAGUGGAGGUAUAAUUAACAUGAUGGGAACCUAUCAAAUUGCUUUGGUAGCAAAGAGCAUGAACAAACCAGUUUAUGUUGCUGCUGAAAGCUAUAAGUUUGCUCGUCUAUAUCCGCUGGAUCAGAAAGACAUGGGUCCGGCGUUACGUCCAAUUGACUUUGGCGUGCCAAUUCCAUCCAAGGUCGAAGUUGAAACAUCUGCUCGGGAUUACACACCGCCUCAGUAUCUCUCCCUUCUCUUCACGGAUCUAGGUGUUCUAACGCCAUCUGCAGUAAGUGAUGAGCUCAUACAGCUUUACUUAUAGCGUGGUCGAGAGAUAGUUUUGUUGGGUGUUAGUGUGUCACAGAUAAUCAUAUUUGUAGUCUACAAGCAGGAUUUUGCUUAUCUCCCAGUUACAUUUCCUUAAAAAACACAAUGCUGGAUUUGUAAUCCCCUCCACAUCCAGGAUUUGGCUAUGUUGUGAUUCUCUUUUUGCUCAUGUGAUCAUUCUUAAAUGUUAUUCUCAAUGCGGGCAA